AUGCAGCGAUCCAAACUCCAGGCUCCAGUCGCCUCUGCGGCAUUACUGCUGGUGCUAGCACUGCUGCGGCGCUAUGCAUUUCGCCAGGGAUCACCAACAAUGUCAUCGGAGCUCUCAACUUCUUUCUAUGCCAGCACUUGUCCCGAUCUCCCUCAGAUCGUGAGAAGUGUGAUUCACUCUGAAUUUUCCAACGACAGUCGAUCUGCUGCGUCGAUCCUCAAGCUCCACUUCCGAGAUUGCUUCUCUCGAGGCUGCGACGGAUCGCUGCUCCUCCAGCGAGGAGAUGGGCGCUCCGCCAAGGGACUCAAAAUCAUCAACAACGUCAAGCGCGCCGUGGAGACUUCAUGCCCGGCAACAGUAUCGUGCGCGGACAUUCUUGCGCUGAGCGCCCGGGAAUCCGUCAUAGCCCUGGGCGGCCCUUCAUGGACAGUAGAAUUUGGCCGACGGGACAGUCCUGCGACCGUCGCCGCCGCAAUGGAGGCCAUUCCCAGCCCAAACCUCACUGCAACGCAGCUCAUCGAGAGCUUCCAAAGGCGGGGUCUUUCCAAGCGUGAUCUCGUAGCGCUUUCAGGAGGCCACUCCAUCGGCCAGGCCCAGUGCUCUGCAUUUAGCGCACGCCUCUUCAAUGGAACCCCAGGAGAUAGCAUCGAUCGGGCCUUCAAAUCUCGACUCGAGAAGAAUUGCCCUCCAACAGCCCCAGACAGAUUGACCAAUUUGGAUCCAUCCCCCACCACCUUCGACAACUUGUACUUUCGAGCUCUCCUGGCCAAUCAGUCGCUCCUCUUUUCAGACCAGCAGCUCUUGCAGAGUGAUCUGGUGGGCUUUGUCAAGGAGUUUGCGGCCAAUCAGCAGACGUUCUUUACCGCGUUCGCCGCUGGCAUGAUCAAAAUGGGCAAGCUCUCGCCAAUCACAGGAGGGCAUGGUGAAAUUCGAUCCUCGUGCUAGUUUUUUUCCUAUACAUGUAAAUCUAUUCCUCACAUAAAAAUAUACACCACAG